AUGUCUCAUUUCAUUAGUAAUUAUGAUUGUCUACUUUCUUCUGAUGAUGAGUUAGAAACAAUUGUAACUGUCUUUUCAAUUGAAGAUUCAUUGGAUGAUGAAGAAGGUUCGCGAUCACAGAUCAUUCUCGGCAAGCAACGACUUCGACGUGCGUUUAUUAGGAGAAGUCCUUUGGAGGGUCACAUAUGUCUCUUUAGUGACUACUUUGUUGAUGCAUCAGUAUAUCCUCCUAAUAUAUUUAGAAGGAGGUUUCGGAUGAAUCGUGACCUCUUUCUUCGAAUUCUUAACAAUGUGGAGAAUCAUGAGCCAUGCUUCGUUCAAAGAAGAAGUGCUAUUGGAACUCUUGGGCUUUCUUCUUUACAAAAGGUGACUGUCGCCUUGAGGAUCCUUGCUUAUGGAGUUCGAGCUGAUCUCAUGGAUGAGUAUGUAAGAAUUGGAGAAACCAUAGCAAUAAAGAGCAUAAAACUUUUUGUCGAAGUCGUAAUCUCGAUCUUUGGAGAUGAGUACUUGUGGUCUCCAAAUAGCAAUGACAUUCCUAGAUUGCUAGCAGUUAGUGAGAAACGGGGAUUUCCAAGUAUGUUGGGGAGUAUUGACUGCAUGCACUGGAAAUGGAAGAAUUGUCCGACUGCAUGGAAAGGUAUGCAUACUAGCCAUGCACAUGAGCCAACAAUUAUUUUUGGAAACAGUGGCAUCUUAUGA